CGAAAAAGCAAAGCAGAGAUUACAACUUUGAUGCAGAAUCACGAACCUCCAGAGUUCUGGGAAGUUCUUGGGGGACAGCCUGAGGAAAUCAAGAAACAUGUCCCAGAUGACUUCACUCCUGUUCGACCCAAGCUCUAUAAGGUUGGUUUGGGCUUGGGAUACCUUGAACUUCCUCAGAUCAACUACAAACUCUCUGUGGAGCACAAGGACAAGCUCAAGCUAGAUGUGGUUCCAGAGCAAAGACUGGUAAUGCGGAGUUUAGACUGCUCUGAUUUGCCAUUUACAUAA